AUGGCCGAAAAGAGAAAAAAGUCUUGGAGCUCACUGACACCACCAUACCGCUCCAAAGUCUUGUCCGAAUCUGUGGCUUCCUUUGUGCCGCAUUGCCACCAUGAAUCAGAUUUCGACCAGUUUUUGAAACAAUUGCUUCAAAAAAAUUGCCGCGACCAUUCCGCGCUAGCUGCCUCAAGCUCCAUUCUCCUCAAUGCUCUAGACGCAAAAGCUGUCAUUGGAGGCUUGGCAGCUUUGAGGGCUCAGCAUGCAGAAAGGACGCUUCAUCACCCUAGCAUCACUGUGAAUGAGUUGGAUGAUGUCCUUGUCCACAACACUCCGACCAGGUCGACUUUAGAGAAUUUGGGCUACCCAAUCUCCAGGAACCAUUAUGGCAAGAUCUUGCGCAAGGAAGUCUCCCUGCAGAAAGUUCCGUCUGCAAGUCUUGGUGGGCGGCCCUCACUUGUGAAUAGUGACGAUGCUAUCGCUGCAGUCGGCAAGGUGGUUGAGGAACACACCUUUGAAAGUGAAAGGGUCGUUGUGGUAGGUCACGGCUCGAAGAAGCGUAUGGUUGUGGCAAACCAUCUCACCAAGACCAAGCACCGGCUGUGGUGUGAAAUUGAAGCCUUGCAUGCUGCCAUGUCUUGGGAAAGUUUUAGAAUUAGAAAAGUGUUGCAGAUCCAUUUUCCGCAUAUGCGGAACUCUCGCCGCAACACAGAUGUUUGCUCACACUGCAAAACAUUUGAAAAGGACUUGCUGCCUGCAGCUUUCCGGUCCAUGGAGCGGGCUCAGGCACUGCUGUCUCAACUUUGCCCAAACUACUUCCAAGAACUUGAUACAAGCCAGCCCGACAAAGUCAGAAUCCUGGAGCAAUUUUAUUCCUUUGUGGCACGACGGGAAGCAACUGCUUCGCAAGACCCAUUGCGCCAAGGAUUUACCAGAGCUGAUCGUUUAGCUUUGCAUUCAGCAGAAGCACAGGCACUGCACCGUUUGAAACCCCAUGUGGAAAUCGUGCAAGCCUAUGAGUGGCACCAGGUCUCGGCCCGCAGGCAAGGAAACUUUGUGGCCUCUAUGUGUUCAAAGCUUCCUUCUGGCACUGCCCUCCUCCACGUCGAUUUCAAAGAGAACAUCAAGUACCCGAUGGGGCCAGAUGAGACGUCGGAGGAGUGGCACGCCCAGAACAAGCUCUCUUUGACCGUUUUCGGCGCCAAUGCAAGUGUACCGACGCAUGGCGGAGGAAGCAAAGAGUUUUUCAUCCUCGUGACCACCGACAUCUUAGAUCAUGAUGCUCAGGUUGACUGCAUGAUGGUGAGCGCGGUCUUGUCGCAUCUUUGCCCCCGUGCAGAUGUGGACUGGGGGUCUGUGAAUCACCUGCUGAUAGUUGCCGAUUGUGGCCCUCACUUUCGGAGCGAAGAGAACCUUGCGCAUUUUUGCGUUGCCUUACCUAUGACGCUCCGCAUGUUUGUUGAGGUUUGCUGGCUUGUGGAGCAGCAUGGCAACCCAGGCUACAUCAACCGUGCCCCUAUCCACAGCUUGGAUGAUCUCAUCAAGUGCUUCACAGAAGGAUCUGGACGCAUGAUGGCACAAGAUCCUGAUGGCCCCACCAUUCCACUUGUACAGUUCGCCCCUGGCGAACGCAGGCCAUCCAAACGCCUUUUGGUCAGCGAAAACUUCAAGAUUUCGCGAACAUACUUGCUCAUUGGUUCCCUGUCCUCGUCUGCGCACCAUGGGGCCAUGAUCCGCAACAAAACCUUUUCGGACUUAUCCCCAGGCGAUGUGCUCAGCUAUAGCAUAGCCUCCAAGACGUUUCUUUUGAAGAUCUGCCGCCUUGGCGAGUUGGAUGCUACGACAAGCCUCGUGCUUGGGAACAGCCAGGAGCUGAAGCAGGCAAAGAGAACAGUGUUACUCGCAGAUUCCGCGACCAAAAGACAAAAAAGGCCGCUUACAUGCCGAACCGAAGGCCAACCUUUUUGCAAAAUUGCUCUGACAAAAGUCUUUCCCUGCAGCGCGCUGCUGCAAAGAAACGCCGCCAGAAGCAGAGGCUACGUGGAGAGGAAUCUUCGUCUUCUUCCACAUCUUCUUCAUCUUCCGCCUCGUCUUCUCCAUCGUCGGAUGAAGAAUCUGUCUGACUGCCGAGCGCGUGCUGCUGCCAAAGAAAAAAUGCUUGACUCCGUGGAAGCAGAAUCAACUUACCAACCAUCCGCGGAAGCUGAAACUGUGGUGGCGGAAGCAGCGCGGAAGACCGCGCGGAAGACAAGAGAAUGGAUUGUGUUGACUCCAGACGGAGACAUAUACUCGGAGGAGUACUCCCCAAGCAAUGGAGACAUAGCGUCUUGGCGACCCUACGACCCUCAAGUCGGCGCUCCCUUUGGGGACCAGUUCGAUGAAUUGAGCACCGGCACGACAUGCCACUACGGUGCGGCCAUUUGGACGAAAGCCACGAACAGAGCUCCCGAUUCGGACGAGGAUCUGCAGAAGUGUGGAGACGCCUGCCGCCUGCUGAUUGUCGCUGAUCAGCGAAGCGAUUUCUCAUCAGACCCACCGAAGAUCGACGACUGCCGCACGGGUCCCACCCGAAUUGAUCUUAGAUUCGAUAAAGCCACGAAGGUCUUGGGUUAUAACUUUUGGGACAACGACGAGUCGACUUCGCAGAAUACCAAACUCUUCUGGCGCUUGGAACACACACCUUCUGGCUGGGACGGUCAGGCGACCGUUCCGCGUACCGCCGAUGGGGAGGGCACCGGUUUCCAAAGCAUUGCCGCUGUUUCAACGCCGCCGCAGAGUGUUGUGAAACUCCGCAUCCAAUAUGCUGGCUCGGGCGGACUCAAAUCCCUCAGGUUGUGCCGUCCCAAGGCCAACAUCGACCAGGAUGUGACGUGCCCAAACAACGACUACUUCGAUCUGUACUUCUCUGGGCCUGGAAGGUUUUUUGAUGGGAAUUCGGACAACGAACUUGCUCCUGGCACUGGCAUCUACUUCGAUUCUUUCAAUCCCAGAGGCACCGAGAAUGCGGACAGCGAUGGUAUCAGUUGCAUCGAUGCCGCAAUGUGGACCGGCGACACCAACAGAGGCGGCACCGGCAGCGGCAAUGGUGUGGAUAGGGACUUGAGGAAAUGUCCCAAUGGUGUCGACGAUGAACCACCCUUCUGCAACCUUCUAAUAGUCGCAGAGUCACAAAGCAGGAGGGGUCCUUCUGUUGAGCUCGACGAUUGCAAGCGUGGACCCACGGACAUCUACCUCCGGCUGGAUCCUCCGCGGAAGGUCCUGGGCUUCGAGUACUGGGACAACGAUCACGUCCCGAGCCACUUUUUCUCAAGAUCCUUUUUCGCGUGGCGCAACGUCGGAACGACCAGCUGGGACUACUGGGGUGUCGAUCAGACAGCCGGAUGGGUCCAGAUACCCGAAACAAAUGAUGGAGAAGGCACCGGCUUCGUGAACAUCGCGGAUCAUUUCAUAAAACCAGACACUGUGGACAAGAUUCAGAUCGUUUUCUCCGGCCCUGGUGAUCAUAGUAAUGGUGAUGGUGGUGCGCUGAGAUCCCUCAGGGUCUGCAAUUCAGACACCACAUCGAGCACGACCGCGGCGACCACAUCGACGACCCAGGUUUCCACAACCACGAGCAGACCCGGUGAUGCGGGCACUACGACUACACAGGGCCCCGUCCAGUGCCCCUUUGACCCAUCCUCAUUCCAAGACUUCAACUUCUAUCCAGGUGUGGGAAGGAAACUGUCAAUUGGCGAGGAAAUUGUGAUGGGCAAAGGUAUUUACUUGGAUAGCUUUACGCCUGGGGACGCGUCCUGCGAAGGUGCCGGCAUUUGGACCAGACAGACAAACCGAGAUGAUGACGAUUUGCUGGGCUGCACAGACAAUACCAUUCCGGGUGGUGGCUGCAACUUGCUGGUGGUUGUGGAAGACCAAAGCCUGCUGACUGACACCGACAACAUCAAGAUCGAUGAUUGCGGGGCAGGUGCUUCUUCCGUGUAUUUGUGA